AUGGCCGAAGACCAACAAAUUGUUCCAUACAUUCAACAAGAAUUGCGUGAUUAUGAUGAUGCUUUAGAACCCGGUUAUCGCUUUUGUCCAACCGACUCGGAGCUCAUCAUCUACUACCUUAAACGAAAGAUUGAAUUAGGCGAACAACCCAGAUGUCGGAUAUACGAUGUUCAUGUUUAUAGCCACCACCCUAACGAACUUACAGAACGUUACCGGUCGUGUGAAGGCAUAUGGUACUUUUUUACAAUGAGAGAGCGAAAACACCAGACGGGGACACGAGUGAAUAGAAGAACCAAGGACUUUGGGUAUUGGAAGUCGACCCAGAAAGAUACGAAGGUGUAUGAUUUUGUGACGAGACGAGUGCUUGGAACAAAAAGACCUUUAGCUUUUUAUGACGAGAAGGAUCAAAAGACUGAAUGGCUAAUGUACGAGUAUACUUGCAAUAAUCUAAAUAUCCCAAAUGGAAGCCAUUCCAACAAGAUGACGGAUUGGGUAUUGUGUAAGAUAUACAAGAAACAUUCAACCCAAAGUGUUAAUCAUAACAAUCAGCCGGAUCAACAAGUUCAGAACACAAGGAAUCAAGAGGAGGCAAUUCAACAACAAAACCAAAUAAAUCAACCUGCAAAGAGACCAAAAGUGUCAACAAAUUCCGAAAUAAAUCAACCAAGCGAACGAGUUCAACAUCAUGAAACUAUUAAACAUUUGGGAUCUAUGUUUCAAUCAAACCAUCAAUCUGUUAUUCACAACAAUGUGAUGGGUGCUCAAGCAUUGCGUAUUGGUCAUGACCAACGUCAGGGAUCAAACACCAAUCCCACACUAAUCACCAUGCAAUCAUCGGCUACAUUUCAAGACCCUAAUCAAGAACAAGUUCAAUCUUUUACCGGGAGCUCAACGUGUGAACAUUACGAUCAGAAUCAAUGUAUGUCAGCUUCAACAAACGUUCAUAACACCUACCAAGAAGAUAGUCAAACACUAGUCAACAUGCAAGGUGGUUAUAAUCGAUCCAUGGAGGAGACUGCUACUGAUGACAAUCUUUGGGACCUACUAGACUAUGAGGAAUUAUUGUCACUUCUUGAAGACGAAGAUGGCCACACGAUGAAUUAA